AUGGGGCCAUUGGCAUAUAUCUCCAUUGGAUGGGAGGCCGUGCCAUACAAGAGCCCUGACGCAGUGACCUUUAUGGUCAUGCAGGCCAUCAUUGGUAAGUACAAGAAGAACACUGGCCUGGUGCCGGGCACCAUUUCAGGGAACCGCACCAUCAAUGCGGUGGCCAACAAAAUGGGCGUGGGAUGUGCCGAGGAAUAUGAAACCAUCAUGCAUUUCUACAAGGAUACUGGUGUGUUUGGCUUCUACACCGUUUGUGAUGAGGUGGCGGUGGAGCACGCCGUUGGUGAGUUGAUGUUCGGCAUCAACCUGCUCUCCUUCUCCGUGACGGACGAGGAGGUGGAGCGCGCCAAACGUGAGCUGAAGGCCUCCCUGGUGAACGGCUCUGGCAGCACCCAAGAAAGCUGCAAUCAGGUGGGUAAGGAAGUCCUGGCUUAUGGCCGUGGCAUUCCUCCCGCCGAGAUGAUGUCGGGCAACCCAACGACCACGACGCCAUGGGACCACGGGCGAAACGUGAGCUUCGCCGCCCCUGUAAGGCUUCGGAUUGACGCCGUGGAUGCGGAGGAGGUGAAGCGAGUCGCCUAUAAGUACUGCAACGACCAGGAGAUCUCGGUGACGGGGCUUGGUCCCUUGCACGGCAUGCCGGAGCUCUACAUCCUGCGCCAGGCCACGCAGCACGGGACACCCAGCGGACCGGGCGUGAGACGCGUGAGGCCCUCCGAAUUGGAAGUGACACACCGUUUUGGCAUCACCGGCGAACCAGAAGAGACCGAUCAACAGAUCUUUCAAAGAGGUCGGUCGGGCCAGGUCGGUCGUCUCAGCUUGGACGGUGAAGGAGCCGAAGAGGCGGCGUGCCGUGGCUGGCACAAGCCGGACGACUGGCCGGACCAGUCAGGACUGCCCAACUUCCGCAUCCGUCCAGACCUGACCUCUUCGCAGGGUUCGAAGAAGAAAAGAGAUUGGGGCGGGGGGCAUUUGGAGAACAUAGAGAAUCACGCGUCUCCAGCAGCGCAGUGCGCCCAGCUCCUGCUCGCGGCCGCCAGCGGCGACGCCAGGGUGGCGGGGCGGGCGUUCAGCCAGCGCGUGUUCGGGCGUGGUGUGCCGGAGGCAUUUGACUUCAAUUCCGGGAAGAUCCAUGAAGUGCGUGUGCCGGCGCAAGAGCGGCUCCAAGAACUUGAGCUACUUGGGACCGAAGGGGAAGCCCUUCAACUGUGGAGGGUGAAACAUGAGGUGAAAGCCUUGACAGUUCUCAGGGAAGUGGAAUUGCAAAAACAGAGCCGUCCAGGGUUUGUUCCGGUGCUCUUGGAGGCUUAUGCUGAUGCCUCGAUCGAACCUCAGGGACGUUACCUUGCAGUGCUCAUGUGCAAGAACGCCAGGGGGGGCCCUGGAAAGAGUUGGGAAAGGAUUCUUUGCGCGAAAGACAUCUUCUUGUGGUCGCUCGUUGGCUUUGCCUACGCUGUGGAGCUGCGGGGCUACCCACCCAUCAACCACACGAGACGAGGCUGGGCCGGGAAGAGGCCGUCAGAGGAUCCGAGUGGUAGGUCCACCCAGCACAUUGUUCUGGGCUUGCUUUACUUGUGGUCGGUGCACUGUGCUGUCAGUCUCUCGGCGUCGAGCGACGUGGACACGACCACGUGGUGGUAUUCCACAGCACAGGGAGCGGAGAACUGCAUCGAACGCGUGAUUGUGGACUUGGUCCUUGCACAGGUGACCCUUUCAGGCAUGGGCCUUGACCCUAUCAGCAUCGGCAUUUGGACAUUGAUCUCUUUGGGGCUUUGCUUUGGGCUUUGUAGCUCUGAGUUGGUGGCAGUUCCCAGCACCUUGGACCUGCUCCCACUGUUGGUGCCUUUAUGCCUCCUUGCUGCGACAUCGAUUCGGCCUCGCGAGCCCGAAGUGGAGGAAACCUCAGAAGAGAAGAAACCUGAAGUGAAGGUUCAGCAAUGUCUAAAGCUGGUCCUUCAGCAGCUUCGAGUGCCUUUACAACUCGCGCUGCAUGAAGGCGCCGAUGGGCAACUGCUGCAGCAACGAAUCCAGCAGAUUUGGCAGCUGCUGGCAGGCCUGGAUCAACAAUUGGAGCAACACUUCACCGACCGCGUUCUGGAAUCACUGGGCUCUGCCUCCAAGGUGGACCUUGUCCUGGGCCAUCGGUCGGACUGGUGGCGCCUUCGGGGCGAACACGAGUUCCGCCGUGUCAGCACGGAUGGAUCGCGGGUGAGCCCCGCCAUGAAGGAGAGCCCCCUUCGCCCGGAAGUCUUCGAGGUCUCAACUUCGAUCGGCUCUGGAGCGCAUUGGGAAGUCUUGCCUGAUGCCGCUCGCUUGGAGCUGGAGGUGGACCUGGAACGUGACGGAAUGCCCGUCACAGAGGUGAAGUAUUUGCUCCCUGAAUCGCAGGGAGAGGAGAUCUUCCUGCACAACUUGUGCGAGGUCCACUGCCCAGGGGUUUUCGUUUCCAAGGUCCAACGAAAGAGGAAUCGUUUCUGA